AUGGUCGGUGUUAAUGAGAUGCUAGAUGUAUGGAGACAGACUCUCGAGUCUAAGGGUUUCAAAAUAAGCAGAGCUAAGACAGAAUACCUGAAGUGCAAGUUUAGCGCCGAGCCGAGCGAAGUAGGCAGGGACGUGAAGAUUGGAUCUCAGCGGGACGGAGAGAUUGACGGGGACGUCACUCAUCGUAUAGGAGCAGGGUGGUCGAAGUGGAGGCUUGCAUCAGGAGUCCUGUGUGACAAGAAAGUUCCACAGAAACUCAAGGGGAAAUUUUAUAGAGCUGUGGUUAGACCUGCCAUAUUGUAUCGAGCGGAGUGCUGGCCGGUGAAGAACUCCCAUGUUCAGAGAAUGAAGGUUGCGGAGAUGAGGAUGCUCAGGUGGAUGUGCCGACUCACCAGGUUAGAUAAGAUUAAGAAUGAAGUUAUUCGACAGAAGGUGGAGAUGGCCCCAGUGGAUGAGAAGAUGCGAGAAGCGAGGCUCAGGUGGUUCGGGCAUGUGCGGAGGAGAAGUCCUGAUGCCCCGGUGAGGAGUUGUGAGCGGCUGGCGGUGGUCGGCAUGAGGCGAGGCAGAGGUAGACCUAAGAGGUGUUGGGGAGAGGUGAUUAGGCAUGACAUGGCUAGAAUGCGGGUUUCCGAGGACAUGACCCUUGAUAGGAAAGUCUGGAGGUCUAGUAUCAGGGUUGUAGGAUAG